GAAAGCAGCAAAAUCACACCAGCAAAUCAACAGCCAUGGAAAGAACACUCUCAUUCUCACUCUCACUCUCUCCUUUAUUCCUGUUCCUAGUCUUCUCCCUAGUUCAAGGGCAGAACCCCAAAUGUGACACACAAGAGCAUGGCUCAACCCUGCAAGUUUUCCAUGUGUUCAGCCCUUGUUCUCCAUUCAGGCCAUCAAAGGCACUUUCAUGGGAAGAGAGUGUCCUCCAACUGCAGGCCAAGGACCAAGCCAGGCUGCAGUUUCUGGCUAGCUUGGUGGCUGGGAGGUCAGUGGUGCCUAUUGCCUCAGGCAGACAGAUUAUUCAGAGCCCAACUUACAUUGUGAGAGCCAAAAUAGGUACCCCACCUCAGACCUUGCUCUUGGCCAUGGACACCAGCAAUGAUGCUGCUUGGAUUCCUUGCACUGCCUGUGAUGGCUGCACAUCAACCUUGUUUUCUCCUGAAAAGUCCACCUCCUUCAAGAAUCUUAACUGUGGUGCUCCUCAAUGCAACCAGGUACCUAACCCUAGUUGUGGAAGCAGCUCCUGCAGCUUCAACUUCACUUAUGGUAGCUCAACCAUUGGUGCUAACCUGGUCCAAGACACGGUUACUCUAGCCACUGACCCUAUUCCUGGCUACACCUUCGGAUGUGUUCAAAAGACUACUGGGCCCAGUACACCACCUCAGGGGCUUUUGGGCUUGGGCCGAGGCCCAUUGUCUUUGCUGUCCCAGACCCAGAACCUCUAUCAGUCCACCUUCUCUUACUGCUUGCCCAGCUUCAAAUCACUCAACUUCUCUGGCUCACUCAGACUUGGGCCUGUGGCCCAGCCCAUUAGGAUCAAGUACACCCCUCUUCUCAAGAAUCCUAGAAGAUCUUCACUCUAUUAUGUCAACUUGGUUGCGAUUAGGGUCGGCCGGAAAGUCGUCGACAUUCCUCAGGAGGCCUUGGCUUUCAAUCCGGUCACCGGAGCCGGCACCAUCUUUGAUUCUGGCACGGUGUUCAGCCGGCUAGUUGCGCCGGCGUAUGUGGCAGUCCGGGACGAGUUCCGGCGGCGAGUGGGAGGAAAGGCAAACCUAACGGUGACAUCCCUUGGAGGGUUUGACACGUGCUACACAGUUCCGAUAGUUGCACCCACCAUAACAUUCAUGUUCUCAGGCAUGAACGUAACCCUGCCACAGGACAACAUUCUCAUACACAGUUCUGCAGGAAGCACCACAUGCUUGGCCAUGGCUUCAGCUCCAGAUAACGUCAAUUCAGUGCUCAACGUCAUAGCCAACAUGCAACAACAAAACCACCGUGUGCUCUUCGACGUCCCCAACUCAAGGCUCGGUGUUGCUCGUGAACUUUGCACCAAAUAAAACAAGUGUGACUUUCAUAUGAUCGUGUCUCUUUAGUUACAUAUUGCAGAGUCUUUUGGGUGAUGAUGCUAUUUCUUCUACUGGGUUUGGUUCUAGGAUAUGCUAAUAAGGGUUUCUUUGCUAGCUGGCUAACUUUAUAGUGCAAGAUUUUGAGUUACUGAUAUAUGUGUUGAUGUGCAUUUUGUGCUUAAAGUUCGUUCGUAUUUAUUAUAGGUAUGUGAUGGUGUGUGUCACGGGUUUAUAUAUUGUAGCUCUUUUGUCUUUUUAUUCAGGUUGAUUGAAUUUUUGAGA